AUGGACGCCGCAGGCACGCAAGAAUGGCCGGAUGAACGAUUGAAGGUCCUCAUUCCGGUAUGGACCUUAACGCUGAUCAGCACCGCAUUCUUGGUAUGGAGAGUCGUGUACGGAUUGCGAUCGCGCAAGUUCAUUGUCUGUGAUUACCUGUUGAUCAUAGCCACUGCUCUCAAUAUCACAGCGACGUCGCUCAACCAGAUAGUUGUGAACAAUGGUCUUGGACGCCACCUUAUGGACCCUUCGGUUCUCCCGAAUAUCAGAACAUACAGCUACUAUUUGUGGAUCACGCAAAUCGUUAACAUCAUUGCCGUUGCUUUCUUGAAGUGGUCCAUUUGCGCCUGGCUGCUCGUGCUGAACUUCUCCACCCUUUACCGAGUCAUUAUUUGGCUCUCUAUCUUGAUGGUCACCGCUUUCAACUUCCUUGCACCGGUUUUGACACUGUUCGGAUGUACACCUCUGGAACGAAACUGGAACUUUGGAUACACUGGAGAUAGCCAUUGCUGGGCAAAGGGUACACUCGCACUCUCCUAUACACAGGGUAUCAGCAAUAUCAUCACAGAUGUAGUCUACAUGGCUGCACCUUUGAUUUACCUCUCACGUGUGCAGUUGACCAAGCGAACCCAAUGGGGUAUUCGCGUUGUUUUUCUGCUCAGUAUCCCUGCAACGAUUUGCUCAAUAUUCAAAACCAUCGAACUCAAGACAAUCACCAAAACGCAAGAUCCCACCUGGGAUGGCGUUACCCUCACUAUCUGGUCUAGUUCCGAACUUUCCAUCGGUAUACUCAUCGCGUCGCUCCCGCCACUCCGCAAAGCAUUUGACCACAUCUUCAAGAAGAUCCUCCCCUCAACCAUUACAGGCUCAGGAAAAACACCACAAUACGGCUAUGGCCGCUCCACCGGCCAGGGCGGAAACAGCAUUCACAUGAAGAAUUUCCAAGGCAGCAAAGCCUACCACUCCAGGCUACCUGGCGAAAGCAUCUUAGACGGCGACGACGAGAGCGAUCGCGCCAUCUUACCCGACGAUGAGCACAAGGGCCCUGGUAUUAUGAAGAGUACCAAUGUCCAAGUCACCGUCUCGGAAGAUGUCGAGGAGGCGGGAAGUAGUUCGAAUUCCAAGGGUGGCGAGAGCCCUGAGAUGUAUAAACCAGAAAUUGACUGGGCGAGUCCACACCUGGAAAGUGGUCAAGCACAGAAUCAUCAGGCUCGGUAA